UAUUUUCAAUAUGUCCAUCAACCGCUCAUCAAGUGUGUCAUUCAUCAACGACUUUCCCAAGUUCCCUCGCAUGUCCAGGGUGGAUCUAGAGGGCAGGAUCGACUCGUCUGUAUCGUGGCAAGAAUGGACCACCGUUGCAGCUUCCGCAGUGGAGAAUGUGUACAAAAACAACGUGUUCCGGCCAACAAUGAUAAUGAUUGCCAUCACCGUCGUGCUGGUCCUCAUCUUGUUGUUUAUCCCGCAGCACCUUACAAGCGUGCUGCGUGACGAAUACGUCGACCUGGCGAUCAAAGCCUUUAUCACUUGCUCCUUCGUGGCGUUCAUCCUCCUCAGACCGCAUCUCCACACUUCUCUGUCACUGGUGCCGCUGGCGUUGCUGCUGGCGACGACCUCCGCGGAGGUAAGCUCUUCGUGCGCCGUGUGCCGCCCUGGUGCGUACACGGUGGGCCUGCUGCUGUGCGCCACGCUGGUGGUGGGUGUGCAUCAGGGCGCGCUUGCCUCCAAGCCUAACCUGAUUCUACUGGCAGGCGCCACCGUGGUCACCUUCCUGCUGGUGGUCAAUCUCAACUUCAUCACGGCCAUCAUUGGCACGACGCCGGCCGUCAAGAUGUUUAUCUACAGCCUGUCGACGGCGCUGGCCGUGCUCAACAUUAUGGGCCUGUCGGUGCUGAUCGCCGACGACGCUGCUCACCCCUUCGAGAUCAAUGACAUGGUCAGUUGCGCCGCCUUUAUGUACCUCAUGAUCGCCUACCUGUUCGUCAACAUCAUGCUUUUCACCGACACCAUCCAGAACAUACGAGAUUGA